AUGAACAAAGAAGAUCGUGCAACCCGUUGGACCAGAUUGCUGAAAUUAGACUCUUCUUCUCAUAACCAUCUCAAACAACUAAACGAAGACUUCAAGCGUGAUCACCCAGACCAACUAAAAAUCCAUAAUGACUGUCAACAAAUAAACAAAAUGCUUCCUAUGUUUGAAGAAGCCGAGUUGAAAGACUACCUCGAGCUCCUCCUCACUUAUUACUGCAAAACCGAAAACAUUUCUUAUAUCUCCGGGAUGCACGAAGUCUUAGCUGCUUUUUUUGUGCUCGGAUUUAGUUCUCUUAAGACUGUCUACGCGGCAUUUAGGGAAUUUGUUAAAAAAAUGAUGCCACGUGUAUUCAAAAAAGACUCUUCGCUUCCAUAUUCCUAUAAAAUCUUCUACAAGCUUUUACUAUACCACGAGCCUGUCGAAUGCAGCGCUUUGGAUGGGAAAAUGCUGCAUCCUCAAGCCUAUGCUGAAAGAUGAUUUUUGACUAUGUUUGCUUCAGCCUUAAAUAUCAGCUUACUUUUAGCUUUUUGGGAAUUUUGUCUGCAAGAAAAUAAUCCAACUUUGCCUUAUUUUUUCGCCUUGGUAUGUGUGAGUAGAAUUAAAGAAAAAAUUUUGUCCAAAAAAAACUUGUCGAUGGGAGAUGUCCAAUUGUUUAGAUUCUAUAUAAAUGAGCUAGAUGAGCUGGACGAGAUUUGCCAAGAAGCUUUGGCGCUACAGCAUCAGACUCCAUCAAGCUUUAUUUCGAUAAUUGAAGAAUUAGUGUUGCAUAGACAUUCUCCAGAGCAAUGGGCUGUAGAUAUGAUUGAUAAUUCUGUUUCGCUUCCAAUUUUAAGCGAGGAUGUGAAAAUUCCUAAGCCAGGGCUAUUUAUAAUUGAUUUGAGAUCCCUCGAAGAGUAUAUAGAAGGACACUAUCCUCAAGCUUUUAAUUUCCCUAAAAAUUUGAACCUUACAACAGGUACUUUGUAACUUAGAGCAGAGGAGCUUUGGAAUAUCCUAUCUGGGUUUUCAGCAAACUUUACAAGUACAACAACAAGACCGUGCCAUUUUGCCUUUUGUUCUGACACAAAAUCAAGGCAUAUUCGGCAUGCUUCAACUUUGUGUUUAGACGUAAUAAGAAGAGGCAUAGAAAGAGUUAGCAUUCUUCCUAGUGGAUAUUCUGGAGAAAGCAAACAUGAUUGGGAACAGUGUCAAUGAUGUGAGCUUAAUAGGGAUUUGGUUAUAAGCAGUGAAGGCAGCUCUGGAGCUGCCAGAUGCAAUCUCAUUAGGAUCAAAAUGUGGAACGCUUUUUUGCAUGAGGUUGGCUCUAAGUUUUCAACGCCUUUUUCGUCACAAGCUUCAUCGCCUAGAUUUAUAGAGCCAUCAAUCCCUCGAGCAAUUCAUAUAAAUACUCAGCCUUCAGAUAGCUCUUCAAAACCCACAACCACUGCAAGGAGCACUGAAAUCGAUACUUCUUCAUUUACAAUACAAGAUUCCCUUAAGCUAAUGUGGACAUCAGGAAUUCAGGAUAGCGAACAUUGGUUUGAAGAAAGAAAAAAUUUUGAUUCAAGAUGUGCGUUACAUUGAGCCGAAGCUGGAUUUUUAAAAGCGUUAUUGAUGGGUGAUAAGCCUUCUCGCAAGAUUGCCCUUGAAAGGCUAGAAAUUGCUGAAAAAAUUGCAGAUGCCCAUGUGAAGAGCACUGAAGCUGCAGGGAAUCGGCUUUCAGGAUUUAAAGGAAAAGGGAAUCCAGAACUUAUCUUUAACAUCUUAAAAGAAGCUCAAAGUGCUAGAAUGAAUAUAGCUGUGCUUGCUGAGGUUUAUUUAUUUAAAGCAGGAAGCGAUAUAUUGCAUAGAGAUUAUCCGAAAGGAUCAAUUCAUUUCUUACAAUUAAAAAUGGAAUGAAUGAGUUAGGGGUUCUGUCCCCUAUACUCGUCCUAGUGAGGGAAGUUCAAUCUUUCUGAAGGAAAUCAGCGUUGGGACUGCUCCGGCAGCCCCAAGAGUACUUGAAGCACAUUCAAGGAACGAAGAGAGACUCGUCCGGGCCAUAGGCAACUGCAACGGUUCGACGGUUAGGCCGAUUCCACCUACCGUUGUUCAGAGCUGUUAGCCAGUGGAUGGAAUUCAUGGAGGGAGAGCUUGUUUUGAUAGAUCCUAAGCUAAGUGGGGGUCUACAAGGAGUUAUCGUAAUCUUAAUCUUAAUCUUAAUUCAUUUCCGAAAUGCCUGGAAACAGCAUAAAAUCUGUGCUGAUUUAACUAAGCUUCAUAUAUAGAUCUACAAUAAUAAGCUCUCUAAAAAGCAUUUUUUGGUUCACUAAAUAUCAAAUUCAGUUUCAAAAAUAUUAUGGCUUGCCAAAUAAUUUGGCAACCCUGUUGAUUUCUGGCUCCUUAGUGGGCUAUAAAUCGUAAACUAAUAUAAUGAUUUUGAAAAAAAUUUGCCUCAAAAUUAUAAAGACCAGCUUGCUAGUGGUAUUGAAGAUGAUAUUGAAAAUUUGCUGAAUUAUGAAGAAGGGAUAUUUUUACUGUCUUUAUCUAUGGCACCGCCAAGCUUAUUGAGGCUUGCAAAACUAGCUGGAAUGGAAGCAAAUCAAUCCAAAGGUGUCCAAUUACUUUAUAAAUGUAUCAAUUCUAAGCGAGGAAUGCGCGUUCCAUUAGCUCUCAUGUUUAUGCUUUUUUGGUUACUAGUCUAUAUCCCUGAAUUUGUGCCUGGAAAAGAAGAGAGAUAUAGGGAAGCAAAUGAACUGAUAAAAUUUGGAAGUCACUAUUAUAAUAAAAGCAUUUAUUUCUCAUGGCUAGAAAGUUACAUGCUUACAAAGCAAGGAAAUUUAGAAAGAUCGUUGAAAUUGCUUGAGAGAGCGCUAAUUUCGUGUGAAAAGCAAGGUCUUCCAUUUAGGUCACCAAGACUUUUGUUCGAAAAAGGAUGGGUUUUAUUCCUGUGCCAAGAAUGAGAAGAAGCACUAGCCUGUCUCCUUUCAGCAUCUGACCAUUCGCCUCCAUCUCCAUUCACUCACUCCCUCUUUAUAUUGAUAUAAAAUGUUGAUAAAAUUCCACUUUCUUUUUAAUUGAAACAAAAUUUAUAGUUAGAAAUAAUAAUUUCUAAUUGAUUUGAUACUAAAUUUCAUGCCACAAAAUCAAAAUUUGCCUAUAACUAGCUCUAUUUUAAAGAGGCAAUACAAAUAGAACUUUAUUAAACAAGCCAUUUAUCAUGUUAUGUAAUUUUUAUCAAAAAAAUUAAACCCCUAUAAAAUUCUAACAGAUUGUUUUGCUCAUUUUAAAGGGAGAGCCAGCUCCUAUUAGGAGCCUGUUCUUGUAUGACUGGACAGCUCGAUCAAGCUGAAGAAUGGUUUCAAGGCUUAGGAGACCUCAAUUUAGAAAGAAGUACAAUUGAAAGAUGAAUAGGAAGAAGAGCUAAAAGAUAUCUAAAUAGGCGCUGGUUUCAAUUAUUCCCUUAUGAAAUCAUAUAUGUAACUGAUUACCUCAACGGAAUGAAGCGAGACUGGUUUGAGCACGCCUUCGACUUCCUAUCCUCAAUUGGUGUCCCUGAAAUCCCAAGCCCAGAAAAUUUAGGUAAAGGUGAAUAUCAAGAAACUGACGAAUAUUCAUUGCUUUUACUAUUGCAAGCGUCAAUCCUCAGAAAUUUCGGAAGGCUAAGAGAAGCUGUGAAAAUGCUUGAAAAGUUAACAAAAUAUCAGAGCUGGAUUUUGAACGAAAAAUGGGUAAUUCCUCAUGCUUACUACGAGCUUGGACUAGUAUACAUGAGAGGCAGGGACUGGAGGGCUGGGUCUGAUAUGUUCCUGAAAGCUAAAAUGUAUAAAAAAUACGAUUUUAGAAGAUCUUUAAAUUUCAAGCUAAAUGCCGCUUUAGAGUUUAUAGCGCAAGAAGAGAGCAAAGAAAAUAAGAGAGGAUAA